AUGGACCUAUAUGGGUUUCCAAAGGAGAUAUUUACUCUGAUCAUUGAGGACCUAGUGCUCGAGGUCGGGUUUGUGAAGGCAGUACGACUCAGAUUAGUUGACAGCCAUUUCAACAGGGCCAUUUUGUUUGCCCUUUGUGAUCGACAGAUUAUCAAUGUUUUCGAUCCGAGGGUUUCUCUGCUGCACCUCAUAACUUCACCACUUCUGGGGAGAAUUCUCUUAACAAAGUCACGCUCAAAGGCAGCGACCAGAAUUGUUGCCCUUCAUGUGAUUGCAACGGUUAAUCGAGAAUUGGACAAAUUAACUGGGUGUACAGAACAACACAGGCCCGAGCAACAUCUAAAGAUCAGUACAGCUAUUGCUGCGUAUCCCGUCGGUGUUUUCGGCUUAUACGAGGAAUUCGAAAAAUUUUUCGUUCAGCAAGCGCACAGCCUUCCUUGGGAAGAAUCUAGAAUCGGUCAUCUCUCCGUUGAUCGCACAUUGAUACCCGCCACUAUGGACCGAGGACACACUAUCUUUUGUGGAGCUAUUGUGCUUGGGAAUCUAUCUCUCGUCAAAUCCAUGGCCUCUUCAGUGGACAUCAAUACGGUGAAUUACUUCUUUGGCCAGCCAUUAGGUCUUGCCUCUAUUUGGGGAUACUAUGACAUUAUGCAGUAUCUUCUUGAUCAGGGUGCCAAUCCGCAUUGGGUUGCAAAACGACGUGAUAUCGUUCCUAGUUACCCUUUUCACAUUGGGUUAAGAAAAUUUGAGUAUAAGUGUCCAGGAGGAAGUGCCUUAGCCGCCGCUGUGCUUGGCGGAAAUAAGAAGAUUGUGUCUCUACUUUUGAAGCCAGAGCUCCGACUCCCGGAUGAUGAAUCUGAAUACUUCAGGGCCAUACUAUCUGCGGUUCGUAUAGGCCGUUCGGAUUUGAUCGAUCAACUUCUACAGAUAACAGGGAGAACUCUUAGUGAUUAUGAAUAUUUGCGAGAAGCUAUGCUAUGGGAGGCAGUUUAUCACAACCAAGAGGGAAUUGUGCGACUACUCCUGGACCAUGGUGCCAACCCCAACCACAUGCUAUACCCGGACAUGAUGCCUAGGUAUCCCCUUCAUGUUGCUGCCAUGCUAGGACAUGAUCGGCUGGUACAUAUGCUGCUAGAAGAUGGAGCAGAUAUGUACGUGGAUGACCUAGGACAUAUGCCCAUCAUCUACGCUGCUCGAGCAGGGCAGGUGGAAGUCAUUAAAGUAUUGGUCCGGCACGGCGAGAAAUUCGAGCAUGCCUUAUCUCCAGCUGCGUCCAGAGGGCAAGUUCACCUGAUAAAGUACCUCCUUCAUAUCGGAGUAGAUAUACACUAUCGAGAGUCUGGCCAUCUGGUUGGGGUGGGUUUACAAGCACUCUUUUCGGCUAUAUUAUGUAAAAAUUUGGCUAUCAUCUCCCUGUUAGCCGCUGCUGGUGUUCCUCUCAAUAAUGAUGACACUGAUAUAUAUGAAGAUCCUAUAUGGGCCGCAAAGGCUCAUGGAGGGGAAUGGGUUCUUAAACAUUUGCUAUCUCUGGGUGCUGAGGACAGAGACUAUCCGGGGGAUAAGCAGGUGGCAGACCCGGAUUGCUUGAUUUAUGAACGGCUUGGGCGUGGACUAUGUGACGUUAACCCAACGACCUGGAAAUGGCAGGGUAAGUAUUAA